AUGGUGCUCCGGUCAACCGCGGAAAGGCUUCAGAGUUUAGUGUUAGCAGAAGAAACUGCACUGUUGAAUCGAUCGGCUAACGGAGAUUUGAAUGAGAUACUACGACAGCUAAACCGGAUCCAAGUAUUGUUGAGAGGGCGUACACAACACAAAGACAGCGAGAGGAAAAUUGAAGAGCUCAAUUAUCAAAUCGAGGAUGUCAUCGAAUCGUUUCGUGUAUUGGUAAGAUCAUCAAAGACAUGGGGACUUAAUGGCAUCAAAAUGAUUUGGUUGCGAAAGUUCCGUCUUCGUUUCACUUUCCGGAAGAUAAGGUCGGAAAUCACGAGCAUCAUCGAAAAAAUCGAAUGUAGCAAUUUUCCUGUAAAAGCCAGCUCCCCUGAUCUGCAGCAAAUCAACAAGAACUUAUUUACAGAAGACCUUAAGCAAGUGCUUAAAUUUCUGUUAUCCGAUGAUGUGUUGUCGUCGUCGUCGUCCUCCUCCUCGUCUCGCAUUAGGGUCCCAGUCAUCACAAUAUGUGGAGCUGUUGGCUCGGGGAAGAGUACUCUUGCUCAAGUAGUAUACGAAGACCCAAGCAUUGUUCCCAAGUUUCAAACUCGCAAAUGGAUUAAAGUUCCCCACGACCACGAGUUUGAAAUCGGAUACAUACUUGGACAAAUAAUUGAUCGUGGGGAUGAUUGGGUGUCAUACAGCUCCGAAGAACAAUUGCAUGAACGAGUUAAGAAAAUACUUAAUUCUAAGAGGCGCCUAAUUGUCCUGGAUGACAUACGGUCCACAGAAGCUUGGGAGACCGUGUGUAGAAUAUUGGUAGAAUUAGACAAGGGUAGCUGUGUACUUGUAACCACCCGGGUCGGAUAUGUAGCCGAAUACAUAUCGCAAAACCAGUUUGUGCAUUCAAUGACGCCCUUGAACGAGCGCGAUAGUUGGGAUUUGUUCACCAAGGUGUUCUCUCACCCGGAUCCAUCAGCUAACCUCACAGUGUCAGAAUCUCCGUCUGACGGUGACCGUAGUAGGCGUGCUCGAUUAUCCUUCUUUACCGAUGGAGCCACUACUUCAGAUACAGAUACAGGAUUUGAAGGACAGGAGCCAUCGGCCAUGGAAACUGAUAAUAGAGCGACUUCAUUGCGCGAUAUGGUGAGAUCUUGUGAUGGCUCACCGAGGCUCAUCAAGGCUCUUGCAUUGUACUUGGGAUCUAAAGAAACUACGGAUUGGGAGAUGGGGCAUAAUGAUAUCCGAGCAUGUCUAUCUAAAUUCGUUUGUCCAGUUUAUAAUGAGUUACCAGACCACUUGCAACCAUGCUUUGUGUACUUGGGUCAUUUCCUGGAGGAUCAAGAGAUCGAUCCUGAGAAGUUGUCCCAUUUGUGGAUGAUUGAAGGCUUAUUAUCAACAGGAGAAAGUGCUACAGGGGAGAGAAUGAUGGACAUGACUGAGCGAUAUCUGAGAGAACUAGCACUUAAGGGCAUGGUAGAGGUGCAAGCAGAGGAAGUUCCGGCCACUACCAAAAAACUCAAGCCUUUCCGCAUUGUUCAGGGAAUGGAAAAAUUUUGCGUCUCAGAUUGUGAACAAACCCGUUUUCUCAAAAUCAUCGAUUUAAGAGAAGAGAACCGUUCACUCUCAUCUAGCGAUAUGCCACGUCGACUUGUGAUAUAUCUAGGUAAGCAUAACGUUGACAUUUUUCCUAAUGUUGCUAAAAAUAUUCGUAGUCUUCGAGUGGUUCUUAGAGACAAGAAGGAAAUAAUAGAUGAAUCGGUUCGGCCGACUAACGAGCAGCAAAUAAUAGAAAAUGAAUUGGUUUGGCCGACUAUAAUGCUUAAACUUAAGGAGUUCAGAGUGCUCAGGAUUCUUGAUUUUGAUGGUAUUGAUUUUCCACAGCAGAUACUACCGACCGGUAUUUUCAAUCUUAAGCUCUUGAGGUAUCUGAGCUUCAAAGGGUGUGUCCUAGAUGAGUUGCCAUCAUCUAUUAGCAAGUUGUUGUACUUGCAAGUACUUGAUUUGAGAGUGGAAGAAUUAGUUGAAAUAAGAAUCCCAAACGCUCUAGGGAAGAUGAGGUGGCUGAACCAUUUAUACCUUCCACUGAAGUUUGGAACUCAAAAUGAUGAACAACUGCGACUUGUUGACUUGACAGAACUUGAAACCCUAGUGAACUUCAAUACAAGGUUGUGCAGAGCUAAAGAUGUCUUGAGACUUUGUAAACUCCGGCACUUGGCAGCGAAGGUGGAAGGUAAUUUCAACGACUUUGAAUCGAUCACCAAUUACAUGAAAACUAAUUCAAAUAACUGGCUACAUUCCUCCGUUGAUAUCAUAGAGUUGAACUGCUAUUCAGAGGAGUGGCAUUCAGUUCUACAAGAAUUCUUAGGGUGUAAAGUACUUCGAACUUUGCAUUUCGACGGAUAUAUUGGCCGCCUACCACCAUAUGAUGAAAUCUCCCAGAAUAUCACUCAGUUGGUUCUUAAUAAGUCUUAUCUUAAAGAAGAUGCCAUGCCAACCUUGGGGAAGCUCCCUAGUUUAGGGAUCCUUAUCCUCUCUAAUUAUGCUUAUAUCGGGAAGGAAAUGGUCUGCUCUGCUUCAAGUUUCCUUCAGCUGAAACGUUUAGAACUCGUGGAUUUGUCCUCCCUGAAGCGACUUGAGGUCAAAAUCACAGCCAUGCCUAUACUUUCGACCUUAAAAGUCGAGCAUUGCGAGAAUCUAGGUACCCUCCAUGUGCGUGCUGGUCUCAUAGUUGAACUAGUCUGA